AUGGAGCGGAACGGAAGCUAUACACACCAGCGUGCUCACUCAGAACGAAACUUUUCCAGCGAUGACGAGGGACCCGUUCAGAACGAGUCAGUUCCGCCGCCCAGUGCCUACAGCACCGUCGAAGUUGUGAGCGAGCGCAACGCUGACGAGCGGCGCCUCUACUUCACCCUCCACGAUCACGGCUUUAUAAGUGCGCUCCACGACAUACCGCUCUACGUUGACCGAGAGAAGGGUAUUUUAAAUAUGGUCGUUGAAAUACCCCGCUGGACGAAUGCCAAGUUUGAGCUGCGGACGCGACUUCCCUUGGCGCCUAUCAUGCAAGACGAGAAGAAGGGAAAGUUACGGUUUGUGCAGAACGUCUACCCAUACAAAGGGUAUAUCUGGAACUAUGGAUGCUUUCCGCAGACAUGGGAGGAUCCAGAGCAAGUCCAUAUGGAGACGGGUGCCCUUGGUGAUGGCGACCCGCUCGAUGUCUGUGAGAUCGGCCAGCAUAUCGCACAGAUCGGUUCGAUCAAGCAGGUGAAGGUGCUCGGCGUGCUGGGUAUGAUCGACGAGGGAGAAAUGGAUUGGAAAGUUCUGGUGAUGGAUGUGCGAGACCCCAACGCCGACAACUUGAAUGAUGUUGACGAUUUGUAUCGCACAAUUCCUGGUUUGGUGCACGCUACGUUUUCCUGGUUCCGCACAUACAAGGUGCCCGAUGGCAAGGAGGAGAAUAAGUUUGCUUUUCGCGAACGCGUACAGAGCCGCCAAUACGCCCUUGAAAUUGUCGAGGAGUGCCACAGAAGCUGGCAGCGACUUGUGUACGGAAAGGUGAAACACAGCAACCACCACUGUUCGAAUACAACGCUGACUGAUACACCACUCUACAUGCCACCUGAAGAGGCAGCGUCCGUGGUCGAGCAGGUUCGCACGGAACUGAGCGCAACCACCGAGAACACCGGGGAUGCGGGAAUGAAACAUGGUGCUCUUGCGACACGAUCUCUGCGACCACUUCAUCGUGAGGCCUCGAUCAGUCAGCUGGAAAAAUUCCACAUGCCUGAUUUCGCCCAGGAACUCACCAACGAAUUCAAUCAGCACGAGCGGUCUCUCUUCCAGGCGCCUUCGGAGACGAUCAAGCACUUUCUGACGGAGCAACAGCGACAAUAUCCACACGGUAGUUCAGAGCUCUCGCUCCUCAUCACCGAAUAUGGAACAGCAGCGAAGAUCAUCGCCUCGAACAUCCGCGAUCAACCGGAGGCACCAUUUGAGUACAUGCGACAAAACGCCGAUCGACAGCUGCAUACCGCGCUGGCGACUUCAGGCUUCUGUUGCAUGAUCUAUUCAGCGCAAACCGGGCAAAUGAUGCCCUUGGACCUGGACGCUGGCAUUGGCAACUAUGUCGUGGUCUACACUGCACUCGUUGGUGAAGUCGGCGGCACGCUGGGCAGCCUUUUUUCAGUUUAUUAUCGCAAAUCUUACUCGGGUCGCGAGGGAGAUACUGCUGAUCUGUUGCAGCGAAUUGGAUACGAGCAGGUAGCAGCUGGGUAUGCACUGUACUCUUCGUCUGUGCAUCUGGUGAUUAGCACAGGUCUUGGCGCGCAUAUCUUCUUUCUGGAUGAUAUCAGCGGGCACUUUGUACUGCGACAGAAGUUUGUGCAGAUUCCACCCCGAGGUCGUGUCUAUUCAGUAGACAUAUCGAGUUUACCAAAAGCGAUUGAGGGCGUGCGCCGCUAUCUCGCCCAGCUGGAGUCCUCGAAUGCGUCCCGUGAAACGAAACAUACAGCGCUGAUGGACGGACCAGCACCUGGCAAAAUCUUUCGUUACGAACACAAUGUGGUGGGCAAUUUUCACCGGAUUCUGCGGCACGGUGGUAUCUUGCUGAUGCCGGGACCACGGACCAACGCUUUGGCAGACUUUUUGGGUGUUGCGGCGCCGCUUGCGUUCUUGGCGCGUCAAGCAGGCGGCAAAGCGAGUGUGGGUAAGCGCCCAGUCUUGGAGCUGAGUGCCUGGACCCUGGAUAUGCGCGUUCCGCUCUUCAUUGGCAGUAUGAGCGAUGUGAGUGAUCUGGAGGUGUGCAUUCUCGGACAUCCGGUUCCGGAACGCUCCAUCGUUACCGCUUCAGAGACUGUCUCAUAUACGUGA